UGCCCGCAUGCCGUCAGGACCGGGGAAAUUAUCUUGACUCAUUGCGAUUGGAUAGGUAUAACUCUGUCUCUGUUGCCCUUCGUUCCUUCCUCAUACCCACAAUGCUGUCUUCUUGCGGAUUUCGGUCAACACGGGCGGCGUCCCGUAGCUUCCGCCUGGUCAAUGGCUCCCAAACGCGAUGCUACGCCAUGGCCGCACACGACGUGUCGAACCCCAAGUUGACGACGAUUGACAACUCCAAAUUGACCAUCACCAAGACGACGACUCCCAAGGAAUUGAUCCCCAAUGAUGAGCUGGUCUUUGGCAAGCACUUCACCGACCACAUGCUCUCUCUCGAGUGGACGGCGACCGACGGCUGGCAGGCUCCUCGCAUCACUCCCUACCAGAACCUCUCGCUCGACCCGGCCACCUGCGUCUUCCACUACGCCUUUGAGUGCUUCGAGGGUAUGAAGGCAUACAAGGAUGAGAAGGGCAACAUUCGUCUGUUCCGUCCCGACAAGAACAUGGCCCGCUUGAACAGAUCAUCAUCCCGCAUUGCUCUACCCAAGUUCGAUCAGAAGGCCAUGAUUGAUCUCAUCUCUCAGUUUGUCAAGACCGAUGAGCGCUUCAUUCCUGCUGCCCGUGGCUACUCCCUCUACCUUCGUCCUACCAUGAUCGGCACACAACGCACUCUCGGUGUUGGCCCGCCAGGCUCUGCCCUUCUCUACGUCAUCGCCUCUCCCGUCGGUCCUUACUAUCCUACUGGCUUCAAGGCCGUCUCAUUAGAAGCAACCACAUACGCUGUUCGUGCAUGGCCCGGUGGUGUCGGAAACAGCAAGCUCGGUGCAAACUACGCUCCCUGCAUCGUUCCUCAGAUGGAAGCCGCCUCUCGUGGCUUCCACCAGAACUUGUGGUUGUUCGAGGAGGGUGGUGAAGAGUGGGUCACUGAGGUCGGAACCAUGAACUUGUUUGCUGCCAUCGUCAACAAGGACGGUAAGAAGGAGUUGAUGACCGCUCCCCUUGAUGGAACCAUCCUUGAGGGUGUUACCCGCGACUCUAUCCUCGAGCUUGCCCGUGAGCGUCUUGUUCCCGAGGGCUGGGAGGUCAACGAGCGUAGAUUCUCUGUGAGAGAGCUUGCCGAGGCUGACAAGGAGGGACGCAUGCUCGAAGUCUUUGGUGCUGGUACCGCUGCUGUUGUCAGUCCUGUUCGCAACAUUGGCUGGAAGAACUCGAUGAUCAACUGUGGUCUCGAGGCCGACAAGGAGGCUGGCCCCAUCGCCCAGCGUAUGAAGGACUGGAUCGAAGGCAUCCAAUACGGUGACGAGACUCACCCCUGGAGUCUUCAGAUUUAAGCUGGCAACAACAUCCAACUCUAGUUGAUAUGCCGGAUAUUCCUGACAAUAUUGCAGGCUGCAAGAAGCAGCAGGAGACGGCACAAGUUGCUGCGUAGAGCUCGGCGCCGAACCGCAAGUGUCAAAAUGUCCCACCAGCCUCGAGGAAAUCUUGAUAUGAUCGAAGGUCCAUCUGAGAGCAUCAUUAACCAAAGGUUGGCAACCGCGUAUCGAUGCUGGAAGGCCCUCAAUUACCCUCUGGAGGUUCGUUUAAUUCUCUGUUCAUAUAGCCCUCUGCCUUUCACCCCAAUAAAUC